CGCGAAACGGGUUUAACCUGUAUUGAGAACCUGAAGCAUUCGGGUUGCCCAAGUGGUUUAUCAAAUUCGAGGGUUGAAUUUUGUUAGACCCAAACGAAACCUGGGCUUCAGGCCCUCGCUCUCUCCUCCUUUCUAGUGAAUUUCUUGCGUCUCCGGGAUUCUUUCGUUCGAUCUCCGAUCAGGCAGUUAAUUAGUAGAGAUGGAUCACCAUGAAGAUGAGUACCGAGUUGCAGCUGAACCACAGGCCAAGCAAGAGGAUGAGGAAGCUGUGGCUCGACUUGAGGAAAUGAAGAAAUCUAUUGAGGCAAAAGUUGCUCUUCGUCAAAGCAAUUUGAAUCCUGAAAGGCCUGAUUCAGGAUUCCUUAGGACAUUGGAUUCAAGCAUCAAGCGAAAUACAGCAGUUAUUAAAAAAUUAAAGCAGAUAAAUGAAGAGCAGAAGGAAGGGCUAAUGGACGAGUUGCGAAAUGUAAACCUUAGCAAAUUUGUUAGUGAAGCUGUGACAGCUAUUUGUGAUGCAAAGCUUAGAACUUCUGACAUACAAGCAGCAGUUCAGAUAUGCUCUUUGCUUCAUCAAAGGUACAAAGACUUCUCACCAUGUCUGGUGCAAGGGCUUUUGAAGGUCUUUUUUCCUGGAAAAUCCGGGGAAGACUUGGAAGUGGACAGAAACUCAAAAGCUAUGAAGAAGCGGAGCACCUUGAAACUCCUUUUGGAACUAUACUUUGUUGGAGUAAUAGAAGACAGCAGUAUUUUUAUCAAUAUCAUUAAGGAUCUUACUCUUACUAGUGUGGAACACUUGAAGGAUCGAGAUGCUACUCAGACAAAUCUGACUCUCCUUGCUAGUUUUGCUAGACAAGGGAGAAUUUUCCUAGGACUGCCUCUUUCUGGACAAGAAAUUUAUGAAGAGUUUUUCAAGGGCCUUAAUAUCACAGCAGAUCAGAAGAAAAUAUUCAGGAAAGCCUUUAAUGCUUAUUUCGAUGCUGUAUCGGAACUACUUCAGUCUGAGCAUGCUUCUCUUCGCCAAAUGGAGCAUGAAAAUGCGAAGAUUUUGAAUGCUAAGGGAGAACUCAGUGAUGAAAAUGUUGCAUCAUAUGAAAAGCUUCGAAAAUCUUAUGACCAUUUAUAUCGCAAUGUUUCAUCUUUGGCUGAAGCCCUAGACAUGCAACCUCCAGUGAUGCCUGAAGAUGGCCACACCACUAGGGUUACAACUGGAGAGGAUUCCUCAUCACCUGCUGCUGGGAAGGAUUCUUCUGUGCUUGAAGCUUUGUGGGAUGAUGAAGAUACUAGAGCAUUUUAUGAAUGCUUACCAGAUCUCAGAGCAUUUGUUCCAGCAGUAUUAUUGGGAGAAGCGGAGCCGAAAGUAAAUGAACAAUCUGCAAAGGCUCAAGAGCAACCAAGUGAGGUGGCACCUGAAUCAGACCAAGGCCAACCUAGUCAAGAUACUGCGGAGUCCUCUGCAGACUCUGGUACUUUGCAGGAGGGAAAAGGCACUGAGAAAGGAAAGGAUAAGGAAGAAAAGGAUAAAGAAAAAGCUAAGGAUCCAGAAAAAGAUAAGGGUAAAGAAAAGGAUGCAGAAAGAAAAGGAGAUGUUGAAAAGGAGAAAGUUAAAGGUCUUGAAGGGACAAGCUUGGAUGCUUUACUGCAAAGACUUCCUGGAUGCGUCAGUCGUGACCUUAUUGAUCAAUUGACUGUGGAGUUUUGUUACUUAAAUUCAAAAUCAAAUCGGAAAAAGCUUGUAAAAGCAUUGUUCAAUGUGCCUAGAACGUCUCUAGAACUGCUACCAUACUACUCUCGAAUGGUUGCCACACUAUCAACUUGUAUGAAGGAUGUUUCUUCUAUCCUUGUACAGAUGUUAGAAGAGGAGUUCAAUUUCUUGUUAAAUAAGAAGGAUCAAAUGAACAUUGAAACAAAGAUCAGAAACAUUAGAUUUAUUGGAGAGCUUUGCAAAUUUAGAAUUGCACCAGCCGGUCUUGUCUUCACUUGUUUGAAGGCUUGUUUAGAUGAUUUUACUCAUCAUAACAUUGAUGUUGCUUGCAAUCUGCUUGAGACAUGUGGCCGUUUUCUUUAUCGUUCUCCUGAAACUACUGUGCGGAUGGCUAAUAUGUUAGAGAUUUUAAUGCGCUUGAAAAAUGUAAAAAAUUUGGAUCCCCGGCAUAGCACCCUUGUAGAAAAUGCUUACUAUCUGUGCAAACCACCUGAAAGAUCUGCACGGGUGUCUAAAGUCCGUCCUCCUCUAUAUCAGUAUAUUCGAAAGCUGCUUUUCUCGGAUCUAGAUAAGUCUUCCAUUGAGCAUGUGCUGAGGCAACUUCGUAAAUUACCAUGGAAUGAAUGUGAGGCAUACCUUUUGAAGUGCUUUAUGAAAGUUCACAAGGGAAAAUAUGGUCAAAUAAACUUAAUUGCUUCUCUUACUGCUGGUUUGAGCCGCUAUCAUGAUGAAUUUGCAGUUGCUGUUGUUGACGAGGUUUUGGAGGAGAUUAGGCUUGGGCUAGAAAUAAAUGACUAUGGGAUGCAGCAGAGGCGAAUUGCCCACAUGCGAUUCUUAGGAGAGCUAUACAACUAUGAACUUGUGGAUUCAUCUGUAAUUUUUGAGACGCUCUAUUUGAUCCUUGUUUUUGGUCAUGACACACCAGAGCAAGAUGUACUGGAUCCACCAGAGGAUUGUUUCCGCAUCAGAAUGGUUAUCACUCUUCUUGAGACCUGUGGACAUUACUUUGACCGAGGUUCUUCUAAGAGGAAACUUGAUCGAUUUCUAAUACAUUUCCAGAGAUAUGUUCUCAGCAAAGGUGCACUACCACUUGACAUUGAAUUUGACUUACAGGACUUAUUUGCUGAAUUACGCCCUAGCAUGACUCGACAUUCAUCCAUUGAUGAAGUUAAUUCAGCUCUUAUAGAACUUGAGGAGAAUGAACGAAGUGGUUCAAGUUCAACUGAUAAGCUCAAUAGUGAGAAACACUCUGACACUGAAAAACCUUCUAGCAGGCAUCCUUCCAAUGCCCUCUCUGCCAAUGGAGAAAAUCUUGUGAAUGGUGGUGAGGAAAAUGGUGGAAUCCACGAGGAUAUUGGUGACAGCGACACUGAUUCAGGCAGUGGCACCCUUGAGCAGGAGGGUCAUGAUGAUGAUGAGCUGGACGAAGAGAAUCAUGAUGAUGGAUCUGAGACAGAGGAUGUUGAUGAUGAUGAUGAUGGGGGUGAACCUGUUUCUGAGGAGGAUGAUGAAGUCCAUGUCAGACAAAAAGUUGCUGAGGUGGAUCCUGUGGAAGCUGCAAAUUUUGAGCAGGAGCUAAGGGCAGUAAUGCAGGAAAGCAUGGAGCAGCGCAGGCAAGAGUUGCGGGGUCGGCCGACAUUAAAUAUGGUGAUACCUAUGAGCGUGUUUGAGGGGUCCACCAGAGAUCAUGGAAGGGGGGUUGGAGGGGAAAGUGGUGAUGAGGCAUUGGAUGAUGAGACUGGAGGAAGCAAGGAGGUUCAGGUGAAAGUACUUGUGAAGCGUGGGAACAAGCAACAGACAAAGCAGAUGUACAUUCCUAGGGAUUGCACUCUUGUGCAGAGCACAAAACAGAAAGAAGCAGCUGAGUUUGAAGAGAAACAAGAUAUUAAGAGGCUUGUCUUGGAGUAUAAUGACAGAGAAGAGGAGGAGAAUUAUGGAUUAGGAACCCAGACAUUGAAUUGGAUGCCUAGUGGUAGCAACAGAGUUGGCAGCCGUGGCAGUAUGUGGGAAGGAAGCAGUGGUAGGGGCACUGGAUCACGACAUCGACAUCAGCAUCAGCAUCAGCAUCAUUCAGGCAGUGGGGUUUAUCAUGGCAGGAGGAGGUGAGUGAUCUGAAGAAAUUAUGCAUGUUAAUGUCACGCGCAGCUGGUCGAAAGACUGGAAUCUUUUACGAAUGAAAAUGGGAUUUUAAUGGCAGAAGAAGCGGAAAUAGUUUGGCUUGUGCAAAUUUAUAGCACCCAAAAUCUUGCUUGGUCAUCUGCAUUACCCAUUGAGGUCUCCGGUGAGGUGAUACAUUUACUCCCGCUAUGUAUCCAAUUUAGUUAUGCAUAAGCUAUGUCAAUACAGUGCUUAUCGACGAAGUUGGUGUCCAGAAUUUUGUGUGUUUGUUGGAGGAAGGUAGUGUAUGCAACCAUAAAGAAGAUUGUCACCCAUGAUUUGCAGGAUGGUGAUUUCUUAGAUGUGCCGAGUGGGGUGCAUGUAAUGUAGUGUCCAGUAUGUGACUUGGUGAAUCAGUUACUUUGUUGUAAAUCUGUCGAAAGUGAAAGGUUUCGUCUUGACACAACUAUAGUUACUGCAGUUUGUAUGUAUAGACCACCGAAUUGCUAACAAAAAUAUUA